AUAAUCUUAAUGAAUAAAGAGACACAAACUCUAGAGUUAAGUAUAUCUGAAGUGAAGCCAAAGAAAGAAGAGUCGGUAACUGAGAGGAAGAUUGUUGAACAAAGAGAUGCGUUCACGCAAACAGACAAUAGUUUUGAAAUACAAACCGAAAGACUGGUCAUUGAAAGCAAUUCGACAAAGAGUUUGUGCGAAAAUUGCACUAAAGUUAUGAAAAUAGUUUAUACUCUUAAGAAUUGUGUGGAAAAAUUAGAGGAAAACAUCAAAUCAAGUGAAACUAAAUUUGUGCAACGAUUACAACUGUUGCAGACAGAGAAUAAUAAUUUGACGGAAAGUAUGAAUAAGAGAUUAAAUGAAAAAGACCUUCAAUUGAUUGAAAAAGAGGAACAAAUCAAUUAUAUGCAAAACAGGAUAACAAACAACCAAUUGGUGCCAUCAAUGCCACCGAUGCCGGGAGAGGAGUCAUCUGUCAGUGAGGAACAGAUACUUAUAAAGACAUAUAACAAAACUAAACCCCGAUACGAAGCACCGCCACAAUUAUCGUCCAGCUGUAGAAAUGUCUUGGAGAGUGUUAUCAACUGUUUACAAGCAAGACUUGAACACAAAGAUGAGUCUAUCCGUCAGUACAGGAAUAUGUUAUCGGAAACCAAACAGAACUUUGAGAAUGAGAUGAUUCGUCUGAUAGAAGCGAACCGAGAAAGUGAUGACAAGAAUUCAAUUAAUUUCACGCAAAUGAUAGACAACGAAGAACUACAGAGCGCUCUCAAGAGUUGUGUCAAUGAACUCGAACUAUGUAAAACAGAAUUGAAUUCAAAAAUAAAUGAUUUGGAGGAAGAAUUGGAGCGAAAGAAUGCAAAACUGAAAGCAUUUCAAAGCGAGAACGAAGAGUUGAAAACCAAACGCAUGAAUCCAAACACUCAACUCAAACAGACUGUCGAGGACUUGAAAGAGGAGAGUCAGCAAAAGGAUCUCCUCAUCAGUACAUUGAAGAAGAGUAUUAAAGACGACAGAGCUAUGAGAGCCGUGUCUGCCGUCAGACGUCCCAAAGAGGACGAUAUCAAAAGAGAUAAGAAAGUAGACAAUCAGUUGUUCCAAGAGAUUGCAGACUUGAGAGCUAUGACCGAAACCCAGAAAAACACGAUUAAACACUUAGAGGUUGUUAAAUGGGAUUACGAGAAGAAUUUAAAGGAAUUAAAGGAACAAAUGAAACAAAAAGCGAAGGAAAAAGAGAUGGAAAUAUCAGAACUAAAAGAAAAAAUCGAUAAAAUCAAAGUCAGAAUGAAUAGGAAUGAAAACGAGAAGCAAUUGCUGCAAAACAAAGUGACUCUUAGAGAGAAGACUCAGAAGAAUAGACAACAGAAAUGGACACAAACUACUGGUGCGGUCAGUGAACAGGAUGUAAAUAAAUUGAAACAAGAAAUGAAAACGUUAAGACAUGAGUUGAAAGAAAGGGAAAACGAGUCCAAUGUGUUGAGAAAGAGCUUAGAGAUGAGCGGACAGAAAGAGAGCGAACUGAAGACUCUGUUGGAGGAAAGUGUCAAACGGGAAAAGUUGGCCACAAUUCACGAGAAGAAUGUCGAAUGCGAUCAACAGUACGACCACUUGUUGGAGGAGAACGCGAGGAUCAAAGUAGAGCUAAGAAUGGCUGAGUUCGAGCUCAACAGACGCUCGCAGACUCUGUCCUAA